GUAUUUUUCAAUAUAAUGUCGUUAAGUACAUUGACCUUCAAUUCAAGAGCCGACAAAGUGAUAAUUACAAAAUCUGCUUUGUUCAAGAAGGUUGAGAAUAUUGAUUCACUGCAACAUUCACCCUACAUGGUGUUUAAAUCCCGCCCGAUUUACCUAUUUGGUAACCUGAGUUGCUGCAUCACAUAUUUGAUUGAGUAACCCAAUAAAUGGCAUUUCAUACGCCACAAAGGGAGAAUCAUGCAGAGGCAGUUAGCCAAAUCACAGCCCCCGGCAGCGGUUUCAGUAUGGCAAUAUAUCUGGUCAUUAGCCGGAAUGGACAAGUCGUGAGUUGGUGUUAAGUGCCAGGCAACAAAAAUUAGUUUUCAUUUGUUUGCCUGAAUUAUGGAUGGAUUUCAUUAGGUGAAAAUAUGCGAAAAAUAUGUUAAAUAUGUCUUAGAAUGGAAGAAAUAUCAUAGAAUUUAAUGUCGACAAAAAAUUUAAUUAAAUUUAAUUUUCAAAAAUGUGUAAAAGAAAGUUGCCCAUUGUAUGGAUUCAUGGAGGUAUUGCUUGUGUGACCAUGAUGAUCCUACUUUUGCGACACGGCAGCACAUACGCUAUUAUUUUCCUUACUCCAGUUGUUAUUGUCAUUGGCUUUGCCUCUAUAAUAAAACUGAUGUCGAGUAUAUAUGUACAUUUUGCUCUGCUCUCUAUUUUUGUCAUACCAAUAAACAGUGCAUUCGUAUUUUUAUUGAAGAUAAACAAUCUACUGAAGGAUUGGAGGUCUUUCGAAAUUAAAAUUUUGCAUUUGACGUUUUUAUUAGGUAAGCAAUUAUGUUUUGGUAAUCAAAUAUCUAAUGUUAUUAGUGUUUUCAUGCUUUUGGCUUCUGUUUAUUUUGACCUAUUUAAAUGAAACGAAUGGUUCGGGCUAGUGCUAAUGGAAAUAUUAGGAGAACGCUUGGGCCAACAAUUAUGCCGGAAAACAGUUUAUAAAGUUACAAUUCCAUUCAUCGACAACGUGAUUAGCUGAAAAUUUGAUGCCAAACUUCUGAUGAAUGAAAAUCACCGGAAAGUUUACCGCUGGCAAGCCCUUCUAAUAAGACACAUUGUCUAGCCGAAGGAUAUGGCCAAAA